AAUAUAAGUAUGGCAUAGGGCGGUGGCAUGUGUCACCAUUUCGAUCGAUAAUUGUUACGAUAGUGUUCGAGUCGUUCACUCUGUUAGUAAAUAUCGUCUACCUUCAGUGUUAAUGAGCUCGUGUUUAUUUUUCGCGAUGCAUUAUCUAUUAAAGAUCACAUAUAUUAAAUGAACAUGAGGGAAUGUUGACUGGAUGCAGUAAGGAGGUUAUACAGAGUUCCCGUUUUGACAGGCGCGAGACUCACAAUCCCUGUGGUGGGACGGUAACACAGUAAAGAAGGCGGUUAAAAAGUCGAGCAGUAAGCGGACGACAGUUCGUCUGGUUCGUCGUUAGCUGAGCAAAAGAGCUUGAAUUCGUGUCUUACUGUUUCUUUUGUCAUUUAUCUCUGACUUAGUGCGACUUAAGAAAGUUUCUAAUCUAAUUAUCUACACAGAAGAUAAAAGACAAUGUCUAAUAUGGAUGAGAAAAAAACAGAACACAUUGUAAUGACUCCAAAAUGCAAGACUGCAAAUUCCACAACUCUUAUAAUAGAGAGGCAAGCAUUAGAACCACCAGCAGAGAAUGGAAAUGAAAACAAUGUUCAUAUUGCUGGAGGUGAUCACAAAGGAAUAGUUAUUAACAAACAAGCAGUUGCUGCUACAAAUGGUGAAAUUCAGCCUGCCCAUCUUUGCUUACAAUUCAGAGUAUUUUUGGUGAGUGCUCAAACUGGAAAGCAUACCCAAGAAUCCAGAACUCUGCAGUUUUGGUUUAUAGACAGACUUUCAGAGACUGAACAUCCAAGUGUAGCACAGGAAUUCUUUAGGGAAUUAGUCAGUCCUCAGGAAUUUCCAAGAGAUUACGUGGGCUUUAUAAAAAAAAUAAUGAAGCUGAUGUUGCAUAAAUAUUGUACUAUUAAGAAGAUAGAAGUUGAAUUGAAACAACUUGAAGAGCCAGUUAAUCUUCCAGCUAGACCAUCUGACACUGGUCACAUACUGUUCACACUUCCAUUGUCCACAGAUGAAACAGUUAUUGGCCAAGUGGUUGAAUUGACAUUGGAGAAAGUGCUGGAGCUCAUCGAAUCUGCUUAUCCGAAUCCAGUAACGAUAACUGAUAUAGCAAAGCAGCAUGGCUGGGACCCUGUCGCAGUUGAAGAAAAAUUGAAAGAGUUACAAGAGAAAGGUGUUGUUAAAGCAAUGGAACAUGGAGCAUUCACCAGAGUUGUACAUCAAGACACACAAGUCCAAAUCGUGAAACAGAUGCCAAAAGUGGCGAAGCAACCUACUAUUGCAAUUAUUACAGCGCAGUAUUGCGAAAAGUUGGCUGUCGAUUCGAUGAUCGAAAACAAGGAAACGUUUGUACGCUACACUACAGUUGGUACGGCAACCUCACCCGAUGCACCAAACGGAGUACCGCGAGUCUCAUGUCAUUUUGGUGAGUCAAAUGUAUAUACAUUGGGCAAUAUUGGUGCGCAUAGAAUUGUAUGCACGAAAUUGCCAACUGUGGGUCAUACAAGAGAAGCGAUGACUGCCGCAGGAAAUACGACUACCAGAUUGCUAGGAACAUUUCAAAAAGUUGAUUUCGUUUUCUUAAUCGGAAUCGGAGGAGGUGUGCCGCAUUAUACGGAUUACAACAAACACGUACGCCUUGGCGAUGUUGUCAUCUCUCAUCCCGUUCCAAAUAACAAGAAAUACAUUUACGUGUACUGUGAAAGUGCAAAAUCGAGCGAAAGUGGCGAUUAUCAUUUCGAAACCAAAGAAUAUUGUCCACCAAAUUUAUGUCUUCAAGAAAUCGCGGCUAAUCUCAAAGAUCAGUCGGAGAAUGAAGCGAACCCUCCGUGGCAAACGUACCUGAAAGACGGUUUAGAGAUGCUGAGUGAUCAAACAGAACACGAUUUUAAGUCUCCACCACCGGAGUCUGACAAGUUAUAUAUGGCUAUUGGCGAGAGAGAUGUUAUUGAAGUUGCACAUCCUAUUGCACCUUCAGACGCAGCAUAUAAAAGGAUUACUGGCUGUCCACGAAUCCACUUAGCGCCCGUGGCAUCUGGGCGAUAUAUUGCACGCGAUGAUCAGCUUAGACAAAAGUUUGCAGCUCGUUUCGGGGCCCUAGCAUUCGAUGCAGAGAUGGAUGCCGUGGUCGAAAGCAUUUUGGGCAAUUGCCGUGAAAGUUUCGCCGUAAUACGAGGUAUUUCUGAUUACAAAGAUGGUUCACGUAUAAAGGAAUGGCAGCCUUAUGCGUCUUUAGCUGCUGCAAGCGUAAUGAAAUCCAUUAUUUGCGCUAUGGAUCCGCCGACUAAUGUUUAAUAACAUUCUGAUUUUAUUUCUCGUCUCACUGCGCAUAGCAUUUUAUGCGAUCAUUCGUUACUCUGCGUUUCUUUAUUUUGUGUAGAUUUUUCUAUACAAGGUGGACCAACUGUUUUUCAUUAAUUGAAAAUAAUCGUAGUUUAAAUGAAUUAGCGCACUCGCGAUAACCGAAGCGCACAGAUUGCAUAAUAUAAUUACUUAAUAGAUAGGAUAAGUUGAUUUCACUUUUCCUCUUGUAUUUCACGUUGCAUUUAAUGCGACGGGGAUCAGUCAUUUACAUUACGAUUAGGCGGAAAUAUGAUCGUAAUCGAAACGUACGAUAGUCAAAAAGUACGAUGCACCAAGUGCAUUUUAAUUAAUUAAGUAUAUAACAAUUAGUACGAAUGACGUUCUUAGUAGUAGGAAAAAAAUUCGAUAGGCUACGAUUACAUGCUUCCAAAACUCGAAAUCGCUCAACAAAUGCAUUUGACUGAGAAAAAGUGCUUAUUCAUUUUUAAAGAUUUUAUUUUGACACAACUUUCGAAUACAUUUUUUACGAUUCCUAUUUCGAAACGUAAUUUUUCAAAGUCGUUAAAUAAUUCCACGUUUGCUAUACUUAUUCUUUGCUAACGUAUACUAAACAUCAACUCGAUGUGAUUAUAUAUAGAAUAUUAAUAUAUGAUUUUAUAGAAUUAUUCAUAUACACUGUACUUUUCAUGUACCGUCUAUUAUUAUCUUAUAUUUAUUUAACUGUAAUAUCGCGAAAGUAAUAUGCAACAGAGAUCAAUUGAUUAUUCCUAAGACUGGUGCCAUUUGUUUUUCGCAUUUCUAAAUCGCGUGUGCAUAUGCCCAUUGGAGCAUGUUACAAUCUUGUGCACGCGACGCGAAACGAGUGUCAUAAAAUUCAGACAUUUGGAAUAGUAACUUAGAUGUCAGUGUAACGAGGCUCUUAAAUAUCAAAAAUUAGUGGAUAGGAUUUCAAGUUGAGUACACACACACACACACACAUACACACAUACACAUAUACAUAUAAGAAGACGACGGAAAGCUUUAAAUGAAGCCUCAGCGUAGUAAGCAAAUCAAUUUAAAUGUAGAAUACGAUACCUGAGAUCAAAGGCAGAAAAUACAUUUGGCAGUAUUUACCUAAAUCAAAUCAUCGUUAAUACAGAAUUAAUUAACAAAUAUUACACGGUUAUCAGAGUAUAUUAUCGUUUCAAACAAAUCUGUCCAAUGAUGUUAUAAAAGAGGAACAUCCAUAGAACUCGAAUUUGAUGAAAUAGAUUUUCCAAAAGUUUAAUCGAACUUCAAAGACUACAAAUUCAAUCUUUUAUUAUUAGAAUUAUUUCUUUUACGGGAUGAUACGUUCUUAGGGUCUUUUGUUAUAGUGCAAUAUAUAUCUUUAAUAAUAACCAAUCCUUAGACAAGAUUAAUUAUAUGAAUCGAUUUUAUUGUUGUUAUGAUAUGUUUAAAAUUUGUUAAAGCUUCAGAUUUUAUUUUACUUUAACGCAAUAUCUGUAAGUAUAUAAACGUGACUCCCUAUAGACUUUGUGUGUAGUUUAUUACUAGGGAGAUUAUCUUUAGAUAUCUUCAAAUAGUAAACAUUAUCCUGGAUGGUUGUGAGUGUGCAUUGUUCCUACUUUCACUUAAAAUUGUUCCCUUAUUUUUAUAAUAUCUCGUCGUAAACCUGAUAACUAUACAUAUUUCUUUUUAGUUUUAUCGUAGUCUGUUUAUUAAGUCCGAUUAAACUUUUGGAUCGUGAUAUACGUACCAAAUAUAUGGAAAAUUGUACAAUUACUUGACGCUAAUUGAAAUACCAAUGUGUUCAAUUGUAUAUUUGAUUAACGCAGGCAGGUAAGGAAUAUUUCUCUAAAACUUAGAAGAUAAGUAAAUAGCAAAUAUUUUCUUACACCUUUAUUCGAGCUUAAAUUAAAUCACUUAAUUUCUAAUCGUUUAAUGAAUUGCCUGUUUCUUUUAAAAUAUUAGAAUUUUUGUUGGAUUAAUAUUCCGAUUGCCUGCGUAACAGACCAUCAUGACUUCUACUGCCUUUUUCAAAUUCCGACGUAAACAUUUUCAAAUACUUGAGAAAAUACGUUUGACAAAAAAUUCGGCGAUAUCAUUACGCUUCGUUCGAAAUGUUGAAUGUAACUUUCUCGCAUUUGAACUUCUUUAUAGAUUUUAAAGCACAGGGUAGCGUAUCAGAACUGUAUAUUAGAGGUAAACGAUUGGAUUCGAGCAUAAAUCUAAACGAGUAGGAACGUAGGACGUAAAAUAACGUGUCGGUACACAAGGCGUAUUGUUGAUAGCAAAAUCUUCAAAUUCUAACUCAUCGUGCGCGCAUGAUAAUCUAUAAUUUGCACGAGUCACCGUAAUUAAUAUUCCGAAUUAAAACUUUAUUUAUUUAUUCUAUUUAUUCGAUAUUUUAUGAGACGCAACUGUUUCAUUCUGAAGUUGUAAGAAAUGUAUGAAUUUUCUUUUCGAAAAUAUUUAUUUAUUGAAGCAUACGAUAUCGAUGUGAAAAUAGAGAAUAAAUGACUAGUGGCAGAUUUGUAAUGAUAGCAGGACCUCAGAUCAAUUUAAUCGAUGAGAAGAAUCACUUGUUGCGUAGAAGCACGUUUUUAAAAAUUCUAUCAAAUAUAGAGAGUAACUAUUAUUAUAUACAUAAUAUAAAUAUAUGCAGAUUCUCGAAUAUAGAUAUACACCUAUUCAAAGUAUUUAAAUAUAAAUUAAUAUAUAUUACAACAUGCGAACCGUGAAUUCUACUACGUGGCGAAACUCUUUAAAUUCAAUUUACCUGACGAUGCAGAUUCCUACGUAAGGCCUAAAUGUUAUGUACGAAACGAAACGAAAUUUUAUUAUUAUGUUUAAGUGAACUUUUCCAGCCGUGAGCUUCCAAGCUACGUGUUACAUUUUACGUACGUAUGUACAUACGUACGAAUACGUAUCUGACAUAAUAUUGUAUGUACGUAUGUAUUAGCAUUAGUAUUUACGCGCUUUCAGUACUAGUCGCACUAUUGUGUUUAUCCGUCUAUUUACGCUUAGAUUUUAAGUACACGCAUACUUAUUAUAUGUACGUCCACUUAGUUUCUAUUUAAGAGUUUAAUUGGCAUCGUAUAUAUACAUAUAUAACGAGUAUACGCAAAUCGCAAUAGAUUUCCGUUUCCGUUCAAGCGAAUCAUUUUUUAAUUGUCGUCGAUCUCCAGUUCGCAGAUACUGCUUCGCAAUUGUUCGUACGCCAUGUUUCAAAUCAAAUGCAUUGUAAUGACUGACAAAUGUAUUUGAUUGCUGCUUUAUAAACGUAGAGUCGCCGGGACCUUAAUGGAUUUCGGGGGAAACCGAUCGUGCAGGCUUGUAGCUCUCCGGCCAACCAAUUGAUUUGAAUUGUCUUGAAACUAGACCUUGAUAUUUGAGCUUAAACGGUGUUACCUGUAUCUAGCAUGGAGAGAUGUUCGAUAUAGUUAACAAAAUGGGUGCUGCCAAAAUCUACUAUGAUCAUUCUACAUUUAAAAAAUGUUGUUCUAUUACCUUUGCUACUAUCUACUUUUUGUUUGGAUAGUUCACACAGUAGUGGUUGCAUAGUUUUUAAAUUUCGUUUUAAUAUCAGCUUUAAAACUGUACACUGUGGUUUUAAGGAUUCUUUUUACUGAAAUUGAAUAUUAUUAAAUUUUGGUAGCCUCCAUGAUUAGUAGCGUUCUGCUAGGAUCGUAAUGUCUACAGGGGAAACGGAAGUAAAAGACUAAUUUUAAGUUACUUCAUCGUGGAAGAGGAACUGUGAUAGUAUCUGGGCUUUUCUGCGUGAAGUAAGAAAGUAAGCGGAGAGAAUUAUAAUAUAAAAUAUAAAUCGGUUUCAAAGCGUUUCAUUUUAUAAAUGAUUAAGGAAGUAUUGCUGGAGGGGACGCAGCGAAAUUGUAAAAUCAGGUUUUUAAAUAUUAUUCAUCUAUUAUGUAAGUCACGGAAGAAAUAGGUGAAGUUGUUGAAGCAAUAUAAACAGAGGAAAAGGAAA